AUGGCAAAAACAGAUGGCAUUAGUGAAAUGGCAAAAACAGAUGGCAUUAGUGAAAUGGCAAAAACAGAUGGCAUUAGUGAAAUGGCAAAAACAGAUGGCAUUAGUGAAAUGGUAAAAACAGAUGGCAUUAGUGAAAUGGCAAAAACAGAUGGCAUUAGUGAAAUGGUAAAAACAGAUGGCAUUAGUGAAAUCGUAAAAACAGAUGGCAUUAGUGAAAUGGCAAAAACAGAUGGCAUUAAUGAAAUGGUAAAAACAGACGGCAUUAGUGAAAUGGCAAAAACAGACGGCAUUAGUGAAAUGGCAAAAACAGAUGGCAUUAGUGAAAUGGCAAAAACAGAUGGCAUUAGUGAAAUGGCAAAAACAGAUGGCAUUAGUGAAAUCGUAAAAACAGAUGGCAUUAAUGAAAUGGUAAAAACAGACGGCAUUAGUGAAAUCGUAAAAACAGAUGGCAUUAGUGAAAUAACAAAAACAGAUGGCAUUAGUGAAAUGGUAAAAACAGAUGGCAUUAGUGAAAUAACAAAAACAGAUGGCAUUAAUGAAAUCGUAAAAACAGAUGGCAUUAGUGAAAUGGUAAAAACAAAUGGCAUUAAUGAAAUCGUAAAAACAGAUGGCAUUAGUGAAAUGGCAAAAACAGAUGGCAUUAGUGAAAUGGUAAAAACAGAUGGCAUUAGUGAAAUGGUAAAAACGGAUGGCAUUAGUGAAAUAACAAAAACAGAUGGCAUUAGUGAAAUCGUAAAAACAGAUGGCAUUAGUGAAAUGGCAAAAACAGACGGCAUUAGUGAAAUGGUAAAAACAGAUGGCAUUAGUGAAAUGGCAAAAACAGACGGCAUUAGUGAAAUGGUAAAAACAGAUGGCAUUAGUGAAAUGGUAAAAACAGAUGGCAUUAGUGAAAUGGUAAAAACAGGUGACAUUGGUGAAAUGGUAUAUACAAAUGGUAUUAGUAAAAUGGUAAAAACAGACGGCAUUACCAAAAUACUAAAAGGAGUUAGCAUUAGUGUAAUGGUAAAAGGAGAAGGCAUUAGUUAA